AUGGCAGACGCUAAAUCUAAACCGCCACUGUUGCAAAUCAAUGCACCAGCCAUACUCUUAGUUGGAAAAACGGGCGCUGGCAAAAGCACUUUGGGAAAUUUAUUGUUGAAAACUUCUGAAGAUGAAAAACCAACUUUCCAUGCUUCCGAUAGCCUUUGAUUACUAGUUAUCCGUUACUAAAAAAUCUAGUUUUGCGAGUUACAAAUUGGGGACAAAAUUUAUAAUAUUAUCGACACGCCAGGGAUUUUUAACA